AUGUCCAGAGGCUACAUGGAGCCGCUGCCUCUCUUUUGGCUGUCUCUGUUGACAGAGGCAGCGCAGGAGAUGCAGCAGCAGCAGCAGCAGGGGCUGCAGCUGACGCUGCAGCAGCAGAAUAGCUGCUGCAGCAUCUUUCAUAAGGAGCUGCUGCUGCCGCUGCUGCAGUGCGUGCUGCAGCGGCUGCAGUACAUCCUAGACCACACGCAGCAGCAGCCCGCGAGCCACGAGGAGAUAGCUGCGAUCCUGGCAGUGCUGGAGACAGCUUGCUGCUGGAGCUUCCGGCAUUCGCUGCUGCUGCUGGGCAGCAGCGAAGAUUUGCCAUUGGCGCCCCCAGCAGAGUGGCUUCCAGUUGUCUUUCCCGAAGCUGCUGCUGCUGCUGCUGCUGCUGCUGCGGCCGCGGAGGCUGCGGGAGGGGGCCGGGCGGGGCCCGCUGUUGUUGAAGGAUCUGCUGCUGCUGCUGCUGCUGCAGGCGCCCUGUCCCCGCUGCCGCAGCAGGAGGGCCUCUUUGUGCUCGUGCUGCGCCUGUACAAGCUGCUGCGGCUGCAGCAGCAGCAGCAGCCGCAGCUGUUUGCUGCAGCGCGGUUUCUGCUGCAGCGGGUCGCCAAGUUCCGGCCUUCGGGCAUGGAGGAGGCGCUGCUGGAGGCCGACGCAAGCAGCAGCAGCAGCAACAGCAGCAGCAACUUUCCACUUCGGAAAGCCUCUUCUGGAUCUGUCUCCAAAGCCAAAAAAAGGCGACUCGCGGAACUCAUUUUUGUCCCCUUGCUGCAUGUGCUGCUCGACUUAAUAGAGACCUGCUCCUUCUAUGAGCGCCUGCAGCAGCAGCAGCAGCAGCAGCAGCAGCAGCAGCAGCAAGCAGAGUUCACGGAGCUGGAGCUGGAGGAGGUGCGGGACCUCUGCGCUUCUCUCGCCAACAUUGCAGGCUGCAACGCAGCACUUCCUGGAGUCCUUUUUGCUGUUUGCGGCAACAGAGCUUCUCCUCUUUUGGCCAGUUUGGGUAUUGGCCUUCUUGCUGUUGCUGCAGGGGCCUCUGAGGGGGCCCCCCUUGCUGCUGAGGCCCUCGCGCUGCUGCUGCAGGCCUGGAGCACUUGGGCUUCUCGUUUGCUGCUGCUGGCGGACUCGCAGCAGCUGCUACCGCCGCAGCAGCAGCAGCAGGUGCAGCAGCAAGUGCAGCAGCAGCAGCAGCAGCAGCAAAAAAUGCGGAUCGAGGACGCCCCCUGGUGGCGCGCCUUUAGGGACUCAGCAGCACUUUUCGUCGAGACCUUUAUCCACAAGGGCCUGAACGCAUGCAGCCAAAGGGAGGGCGAGGGCGAGGGGCAGCUGAAGGGCAAAAACACUUUUAUCAGCAGCAGCAAAGAAUCUGCAUUAGGAGAGUUUUUGAAUUCUUUAGUUGGUUUGUCUUUAGCUGCUGCUGCUCGCGCGGUUGCAGCAGCAGCAGCAAAGCAGCAGCAGCUGCUGCAGCUGCAGCAGCAGGCACGCGACGCCGCCCUCGCCGCCCCCGCGCCCCAGCAGCUGCAGCAGCAGCUCCUGCUGCUGCAGCAGCAGCAGCAGCAGCAGCACUGGCUGCUGUUUUACACACAACUCCUUAUUGCAACUCCCUCAGGGCCAGAAACCCUCAGCAGCCAAAACUUGGGGCCCCCCAAGCAGCUGCUGCAGGACAAGGACGCCCAAACUGAGCUUCUGCGGCUCCUAGAUGCGACGUUUACGAUGCUGGAGGCUGAAGUUGGCGCUUUGAGUUCAGCUGCUGCUGCUGCUGCUGCGGAGGCACAGCAGCAGCAGCAGCAGCAGCAGCAGCUGCUGCUGCUACAGGCGCAGCAGCAGCUGCCCUCCCCCGCAGUGCUGCAGGCGGGGCUGGGGCUUCUCUCAGUUGUAGCAAAAGCUUAUUUGUUUAGAGAGAGACUAGCGAGGCCUUUGCUGGCAGACAUUCUCUUGCCCGAGGGCGGCCUUAAGGUGCUAAACGCGGCAGCAGCAGCAGCAGCAGCAGCGGCUGCGGGGUCAAGCUCCAGCACGGCGCCCGCAGACAGCAGCAACUGCAGCAGCGGCAGCAGCAGCAGCAGCAGCGCCCUGCGGCAGCUGUCCAGCAAGUGCUGCGCCCGCCUCUUUGCUGUUUUUGCUGCUGCUGCUGCUCCCUCUGACCAGCUGUGGGACCUGGCCACGAGGCAUGUGCAGCAGCAGCAGCAGCAGCAGCAGCAGCUGCUGCGCCGCAGCGGCACUUUGCUCAGCGAAGAGGUUGCUGCUACCCGCACUGCUGCGCUGCUGCAGCGCUGCAGCGUCAGCUUCGGCGUGCUGCAGGCAGCAGCAGCAGCAGCAGCAGCAGCAGCAGACAAGAAGCAGCAGCUGCCGGCUCCUGCGAUUUGCUGGGUACUGAGUAUGCUGGGGGGCCUCGCGUGGGGCACUGGGUCUUGGGGGGCCCCCCGUUUGCUGCAGUGGAUGGGGCCCCACUUUGGCUGCGUCUUUGCUGUAAUUCGUGCUGCAGCAGCAGACGCAGCAGCUGUGACCGAUGGGCUUAAGUUCUCCCGCCGCCUUGCUGCAGCAGGGGCUUGCUGCUUGACCAAAGAAGAAGCCCAGGCCCUUUUGAGGGAGUAUAGCGCAGUGCUGGCUGCCUUCGCAGCGACUUUAAACCAUCAGCUAACCCCAGAGGAAGAAGACGCAGCAGCGGCGAAUGGCGUUCAAGUGUUUAAGUUGCUGCAACAGCUCGCAGGAGAGAACAGGGGAGCCAAACACACGGACUGGAUGUCAACGUGCAUAGUUGACUGCCUGAAGUCUCUCCGUCCCCUAUGGGUGCUUCUAAGCGACAAAGAACCCAAGGUUUUGAGUUCCUACUUGGCUGUUUUCGGAGUUCUCUUAGAAGACGACGCAGCUCUUGUGCUGCAGCAGCUGGGCCCUGAAGACAGCGACAUCUUAAUGACCCUC